ACAGAUUCAAGGACAGGAAAUUACAUAGGCAUUUAACCAUUACAAACAACAGCUUUCGAUUACUGUUAAGAAAAUGGAAGAACAAAGGCAAUCGAUUCAAGAGAUGUUAGAAAUUCAGGAACCAAUCCUCAACUCCCUCAAUAAGGAUCCCUCGCAGAGAAAGAAACGAAAUUUCUUUAAAAAUUAUAAUAUUUACAAAGGACUGAUCUAUUCUUGCAUCUCCAGUCUUUUCUUCACCCUGUCAGCCGUCAUUGUAAAAUAUGUUAAAGAAAUCCAUCCUGGUCAAUUAGCCACCAUGAGAUUCUUAGCCAUAUUCAUUUUCAGCCUCCCGAUGAUGAUUUAUUUCAAUCAGAAACCAUUGGGACCAAAGAAAUUGCGCUUUUACUUAUUGCUAAGAGGUAUAAUAGGAGCUUCUGGUUUGUUUCUUACAUUUAUGGCAUACCGUUUUAUCCCUUUAGCCGAUGCUUCGGUCAUUAUUUUCAGCACUCCAGUUUUUGUGGGUAUUCUGGCAAAGAUACUGUUAAAGGAACCAUUCACUAUGUUUUAUAUUUUAAUUUUAUUAUUAACAUUUUUAGGAAUGUUACUGAUAACUAAAGUUCCCUUGAUAAUUGCAAAUCGUGUCUUCAUCUUUGAUGAAUAUUAUACCUUGGGUAUGCUUUCGGCCUUCGGCUGCAUAUUAUUAAAUGCUGGGGUUUAUGUGUUAGUUCGUAAGAUUAAAGAAGUUCACUAUUCUGUUGUGACAUUUAGUUUCGGUUGUGUGGCUACAAUCGAAACUUCGAUUAUUACGGUGGCGAUCAGUGGCUUUAAAUUACCAAAAUGUGGAUUGGAUCAAUGGUUGGUUGUCUUGUUGGGAGUUUUAAGUACCAUCGCUCAAUGCCUAUUUACAUUGGCAUUACAGUCGGAAUAUGCCGCUCCCGUUUCCAUUGUCAGAUCAUCGAGUGAAGUCUUCCUCUCUUUUAUAUGUCAAAUAUCGAUAUUUAAUGAUAUUCCAGAUGCGUACAGUCUGUCUGGAGCAUUUAUUGUUUUCGUUUCGGUUAUUCUAAUGACCGUGAGACAAUGGUUGAAUGGUCUUCCUAAAGACUCGGCAAUUAGGAAGAAAGUGCCAUCAUUCUUUAUUAAAUAAAAUAUUACAUGUUAAAAUGCUUUGUAUGUAUUAAAAUGAUUAAUUAUUUAAUUAGUAAUAUGAGAUAAAUAUAUAAAUAUUUUCUUCAUAAAUUUGUGGUAUGUGUUAACUUUAAGAUGAGGAUAAUAUUCCUCAAAACUUUGAAACUUCCCAUCGUAGGUAGUCCUACAUUUUGAAAUAAUAUACAGUGUCGAUCAAGGCGAUUACGGUGUUAACCUACAGCUCCGAGAGACUCUAAAUCGAAUCAGAGGAGGAAACAACACCAGGAAUUUUUUCAGUGUGGUCUGUCUCGUAUAUGUCGGGAUUCUAUCCUCACCACACGGUUGCCGCAUCGUGGGCAUGCCUGAAUUAUGAUGGGAAUGGUUUAAUUUUACGAGACACGGCAACGAACACUUAGACAAUUGCCAAAAGAGGAGUCUUCUGGGAUGGCAUUGUAUGACUAACUGGAUACUAUUUAGAUGUUAGACACGUGAAGAAAACACGGAAAACUCCACGCAGUCUGCUCGUUGAUGCACAAACUCUCAACCAACUCAACUAUCAGAGUCGAGUGUAUGGGCACUGGUGGGCCUGUGAUGGGCAUAAUACAUCAAC